CCACAGUAACCAACCAGCAAAAUGCCCGGCUUGAAGAAUGCCUGGGAAGUCAUGCCCGGCCUGACCGAGGAGCAGAGGACCUUGCUCCUCGCGAUGCUCGACUCGAUGGCCGUGGACACGCCGCCGCGUUCGGAAAAAGAUUUCUCGGAAGACAAGCCCGACCCGACGGCGGACGAGAUGGACUGGGUAAGCAGCAUGUUCGAGUCGUUGGAAGCGGACACACCGCUGGACCCAAUCGCGCAAAACCUAACCCCAGCGGGGCGCCGCAUCCUGCUCGACCCGGCCAACAUCAACCCGACCCCGCCGGUCUACGACAUGGCGACCGCGCUGCACACGCUGCGGAUGGACAUGACAACAACCAGCGUCGCAGGGCUGCAGGCGCUGGCGGCGCGGUACGCCAGGUACACGCACUUCGCGCGGCGGCUGCGGCUCGAGGGCACGCGCACAGGGCCCAACACCCCCUUCCAGCGCAGACCGGACCACACCAUCCAGGUGCCCAUAGACAUCCCCGAGGUGCGGUGCCUGCACGAUCUGCUCCGGGACCACUUCCCACUGAUCUCGGAGUUCGAGCUGGCGCUGGGCCCCGCGGGCGCCGCCUUCACGGACGUCAUCAACCCCGGGGACGUGCCCAAGUGCCUGAUUCGGAUGCUCAAUAGCCUGCGGCGGCGGAUCACGCACCUGUCCCUCGUCUCGGAGGCGGACGACUGGAACAUCGAAACGCCGAUGGAGUUCUUCGUGCCGCACCUGCAGCACUACGUGCUGGAGGACCUCGAGGAGCUGCGGGUGCAGUGGCCGUACUGCGUGGACGACAGGAUGGAGUGUCCGCCACGCGCGCAGCCGCACCCGUGGCUCAAGUUCUACAAGCGCAUCUUCAAGAGCCCGCUCCGCACGCUCGUCCUCGAGGGCAGGGGGAUGCACUGCUUAUUCCCCCCCGCGGGGCCGACGUUCAACGCCAUCCCCGUGGGCGGCUGCAACCUGCGCCACCUGACGCUGACCAACCUCGUGCUGAUGGCCUACGACAUGUGCAUCCUGAUCCCAAAGCUCCCGAAGCUCGAGUCCAUCACGCUCGACAAGAUCCAGUUCGAGGGAGAAUGGCCGCAGGUGCUGAAGAUGCUCGCGGACCUAUGUCUGUGUCUGGAAAGAUUCAAAUUCCAGGAGGUGGAGUGGGUGCUCGACCGCCACCACCGCCAAAAGGCCGUCAGCAUCACUUUUAGUGGUUCUUCAGAGGAGGUUGAUGUUCAUCAGUGCCUGCGCCGGCUGGCUUCCUUCGAUGAGAGGCUGCGUUGCCGCGCCGAUUCUACCUUACUUGUGAUCGGUAGCUGGUGGACCACCGAAGCCCUCUAUCUAGACGACGCCACCCUCACCACGACGACGACAACCCUCACCUCCUACCGCCCCAUCUCCGCCCUCAGCGACCCCGAAAAGACCCUGGCCAAGAAUAUCCCGACGGAGAACCACUAUGCCCUCACCACCCGCCAAACCGUCUUCUACCCCCAAGGCGGCGGCCAACCCAGCGACACGGGCGUGAUCCAGCUCCCGAGCACCCCCAACGCCACCUUCGAAGUCCUCCUCGUGCGCAAGACCCCCGACGGCGAGAUCCUGCACUUCGGACACUUCACCACCCCGGCAUUCCCGCUCUCCCUCGCCUCCAACGCCGUCGCCACGCAGACCAUCAACGCCGUCACCCGCAACUACCACUCGCGGCUGCACACGGCGGGCCACAUCAUCGGGCUCGCGAUGCGCCUGCUCGCCCCGGAGCUCGGGGAGCGCAAGAAGGUGAAGGCCAACCACGCGCCGCGCGAGGCGUGCAUGGAGUUCGAGGGCCUGCUGUACAACGAGCACCGGCCGCUGAUCGAGGGGAAGGUCAACGAGCUGGUGCAGCGGGCGCUACCGGUGCACAUCUCCUGGUGGGAGGAGCGGGAGAUUGCCUCGAAGGAGCUGAAUAUGGUCGAGGGGUUGCAGGUGGGGCAAGGGGGGAAGGUGCGGAUCGCGGAGAUCGCGGACUUGGAUGCCAACCCCUGUGGGGGCACGCAUGUGGCGCAUACCGGGUUGACGGGGUAUAUCACGAUCCGGAAGGUGAGUCGGCAGAAGGGGGUGACGAAGUUGUCGUAUGAGGUGCCGGUGGAGGUUUGAGUGGUCGUUAUGGAUGUGGUUAUAGAUGUGGGCGUAAGAGUUUAUAUGUUUAGAG